GUUUUGGCCUUAAACUAAUAAUGCCUAUUUGAAUCAGCACAAAUUAUGCCCUUUUAGUGGCUUCAAAUGAUGCCUUGUAUUCCCACCCCAACACCCCUGAAAUAUAUGCAUGAUUUGCAUUGUUGUUAGGGAACUGUGAAAAUUGUACUUUUUUAAUAGUGAUUAGGUCUUUUGUCCAAGCUCCAUGACAUGGUUUCAUGAAAAUGGGGAAGAUGCUUAGAAAUUGGCAGUUUUGAUUUUCUGAUUCUCAUGUACUAGUACAACUUAUUUGGACUGAAUCAGUUCUUGACCAUAGAAUUCAAUACAGUUUAGACACAUAAUCAUGGCAAGAAGAUCAUCGCGAAUUCAUGAAGCAAGUGAGGGAAGUGAAUUCAGCUGUAUGUGGGGAUUGUUCAGCAUCCUCGAAUCAUGCCAAGGUCGUCCAGCGAGUAGAAACAUCAUCGAUUAUACGAGACCACUUAACGCCGUUGCUAGUUUUGAUGAAGAAUGUCAAAUGAUUCUUAAGGGGGCAGGUCAGAGAAGUGGUGGCGUUCGAAUUGAUGGUGAAGGAAGAAGCGUGAGGCGCUGCAUUGGAGACGAGAUGCCUGUUAAGCAGCAGAAGAGCAAACGAGACACAGUCAAGAGACAGCAAUUUGGUAAAACAGACGGUGAACUUGUUGAUCAUCGGCUGUCAAACACUCAUAAGACAACUAGGAAAAGCAGCCAAAGCAUCUAUCUGCCAUCUUCUUCCUGUUGCUUGAACAAUGAAGUUAGGUUGAUCAACGAGCUACCUUCGACUUCAGCUGAAACAAAAUCCCUUGAUAAGAUAACUCUUGCUGCAAUUUUAGGCGCCUGUGCUCAGAAUCACCGGAAAGAGAUUCAGCUUUCAGAAUGUCUACAAAGAAAUAGCUAUCUUGGAAAGUAUGAUGAUAAUAGGGUUGAUGAUAUUAGCAUCAAGCAAGUUCGGGCAAGGGCGAAGGCUAUUGUUAAUCAAAUGUAUGUCGACAGAAGGUUCGUUUUUGGAGAAGGGAGGGAUGCUGAGUCCAAAUUAUUCUCUAACGCAUUGGAAGUGUUGAACUCGAAGAAUAUGGCUGAGAAAGAUACAAUCAAGUCAGUACUAAGUAAGGAUAGUCCUCCUGAUAAGUCUGGAAGCAUGUUGGCGAUGGAUGGAGCGAGCAUGAACGAUUACUUAUGGAAGAAGAUCAAUUAUCAGCUCAAGUACUCCUCGAAAGCAAAUUUCAUAGCCCAGCCACCUGAUAAAAUAGUAAUACUGAAGCCAGCUCCCCGAAAUGGGAAGCAUUCGGGGAACUUGACCAGCAGCUGCUCGUCGUUGCAGCUUCCUUACAAAUCGAGUAGAAGAGUAUCCGAAGAGAGAACUGCUUCCUUCUCUUUCAGAGAGAUCAAGAAAAAACUGAAACAUUCAUUUGGAGUCACCAAAAAGGAAAACAGGAACUGCUGCAAUUCCUCUACCAAUGCUGAGAAGGAAGAAAAGGCGUCGAUGAAACAAGUGGUCAAAUCCAGCAGGGGAUCCGACAUAGCUCGUGUGGCUGAUACCACUCGUAGAAAAUUAUACAUUUCGAGUGAUAAAUCUUCUGACAAAAAGGAAUGUGAUGUGAUCUUGGAGGCGAAGAGGCACCUCUCCACAAGAUUGAAUAAUCUGAACUCUGUGGAGGCAGACACCAGUAGAAAAAACCCGAGAACCCUGGAGCGGAUCCUCUCCUCACCUGAGCACGACUCCUGGCCCUUCAACCCGAGAAGAGACAGCCUAUACUGUCCCGGUUCUGCAGAGAUGAGAUUUUGUCCGUACAACACCUCACCUAGAGCCAGUGAAAGCAGUUUCCAUGAACGAAAUGAAAUAAGAUCGAAAACAGAGGUUGCAUCGUUGCAGACAGCUGAAGAUACCAAUGUUUCUACUGCAAACAAAAUUAGAAGUGAUUGUGAAUCAAAGACUGCAGAAAUGGGCAGCUGCCUUCAACCUGCAUCACAUGUUUCGGUAGAAGUCCUCAGCGAAACAACCCAUUCAGACACAGUCGACGAACAGAAAUGUGAUGGCACUGCAAUUCAUUCAGUGAUGGCUUCUUCGAACGACCACCACAUAGAUUUGGCUGAAAACAUCAAAUUUCACGAAGAGCACCAAAGCCCAGUCUCUGUCCUUGAGCCAUUCUUCGUAGACAGUCCACCAACAAUCUCACUUCAAACCGGCAGAAAGCAACUGCAGCCACAUCGCCUUGACUUCGAAGAGUGCUCAUUCAUAUCAUCCCCUCAGCACACACCGGCCAGUGCUCAUCCCUGCAGCGACAAACACCUCUGCCAAUACGUGCAGUUGGUGAUGGAGGCCUCCUCCUUAGAUUGGGAUCACCUAUCAGAGAUCAUAUCCCAACCAGAACAUAUGCUGCUUCAUGAAUCCUUAUUCGAUGAAGUCGAGCUUCCACCCCUCGGCUGCUACUACGACCCUAAGCUUCUGUUUGAUCGGAUAAACGAAGUGCUAUUGGAGAUUUACAAAUGCCAUCUUUGCUCUCCACCUUUUGCCCCGCCCAAGACGAGGUCCGUACCACUGGCUGAAGCAGUUCUUGAUGAGAUAUUGGCAGAAGCUGAUUACUUUCUACUUCCCACGACGGACAGAAGAAGCUUGGAUGAAAUUGUCUUACAAGAUGCGAAAUGUGGGCCAUGGCUUGAUGAUAUUCGAUUCGAUAAAGAGCGUGUUGUGGUUGAUAUUUCAGAAGCUCUGAUGGAGGGUUUUUUGCUUGAUACACUUCUUCAGUUUCAUAGAUGACAAGUUUGUUUUCUUUAUAGUGUAAAUCUUUCCUUUUUUUUUCUUUUUGGUUUUGAGUUGAAUGUGAACCAGCAUGUGUUGCAGUGAAUUGUUUGUUUUUUUCA